CUGCGGUUAGAAGACUACUGUUCAUCUGACUCGCGGAGCUUUUCUUCGAUCACACGCGGUACAGCAGGUUGACAAUGACAGCAGACUCGGCAGCUGGGUAGCAGGCCGUUACACAAAGCCACUCGGUGGAAUGGAGCAAGGGUCAACGUUUUCACUUACAUAUCAUCAGCAGCAUGUAGCAUUUUAACUACUGUUUCAUCACCCUGCAAAGAUGGCUCUUUUUCUUAAGUUGAGUCUUCCAUGACUCAGCGAGGAAGAAAGGUGUGAGUGGGUGAAGACUUUUUUUUUUUCCUUUCCUGUGGUCGUUCAGAGUUGAAACUCUGCAGGUUUGGGCUUCAGAAAAAAACCCCACAUGGUGAUCUAACGCUGCAGGAAAGUUACACUCUGCAUCACAGAGGGACCACGAACCAGCUGCCACUAUGACGGCAGAUGACACAGUGGGGAGCGGGGACAGAUCAGAGGGGGAAACGGAGGUCGCUCCCAAUGUGCCUUCAUCUGAAGACGCCGAGCGAAGCGAAGACCGGGACACGGAGAUGGCCGCCUCUGCUUCCAACGGCCAGUCUCCCUGUGACGAUCCCCCUGAGAACGCUGCAGACGACAGACAGUGGAAGUGGUCCGUCAUAUUCUUGUGUUUCUACGGGUUUAUGACAUCAAUAAGGCCUGGCGAAUCCUUCAUUACACCCAACCUGCUGAGCUCCGAGAAGAAUUUCACCAGGCAGCAGGUGACCAACGAGAUCACUCCGGUGCUGACGUACUCCUACAUGGUCGUGCUGGUGCCGGCCUUCCUGCUGACGGAUUUCCUGCGCUACAAGCCGGUCCUGGUCGUCCAGGGCAUCAGUCAGGUGGUGAUCUGGAUCAUUCUGCUCCUGGGCACCACCCUCUUCCAGAUGCAGCUCAUGGAGUUCUUCUACGGCAUCACCAUGGCCUGCCGCGUGGCCUACUCCUCCUACAUCUUCUCCCUGGUCAGCCCGGUGCUCUACCAGCGCGUGGCCAGCUACUCGCGCUCCUCGGUCCUCUUUGGGGUCUUCACCAGCUCCGUGCUGGGCCAGCUGUGCAUGUCUCUCGACAUUACCUACUACACCCUCAGCACCAUCUCGUUGGGUUUUGUCGGCUUCGGCCUGCUCCUCUCCUUCUGCCUGCCCUGGCCGAAGCGCUCCUUGUAUUUCAAUCGGACGAAGAACCAGGAGCAGAAGGAGCCGGCGCCAGCAGCCAACAAGUCGGAACUGGACCAAAUGAACCCGAAAGACGGCGGUCCGCCUGCCGCGUCGCGCUGGAAGGAUUCCCUUUUUGUGCAGAUGCUGCUGGAGGUGAAAAACGUGUUGAGGAGGCCCAACCUGAGGCUGUGGUGCCUGUGGUGGGUGUUCAACUCCACCGGCUACUACCUGGUGCUGUUCUACGUUCACAUCCUGUGGAGCAAAAUCAGCAGCGCUACUGGCAACAAAAACGUUUACAACGGGGGAGUGGAGGCAGCUUCAACACUACUGAGUGCGAUAAUAUCCUUCAUAGCCGGCUUUGUGAAGAUCCGCUGGAACCUGUGGUCGGAGCUGGUCAUCGGAGUUAUCACCGGGGCCCAGGCGGGUCUGCUGCUCCUCAUGGUCAGCACAGAAAACAUCUGGGUCUGCUACGUCUCCUACGUGCUCUUCAGAGGUGUCUACCAGUUCCUGGUGCCCGUCGCCACCUUCCAGAUCGCAUCGUCGCUCACUAAGGAGCUGUGCGCCCUGGUGUUUGGCAUCAACACCUUCUUGGGAACACUACUGAAGAGCAUCAUCAGUCUCAUCAUCUCAGACAAGAGGGGGCUGGGCCUCGAUGUGCAGGCACAGUUCAUGGUCUACUCCGUCUACCAUGCCAUCUCCAGUGUUGUUUACUUAGCCUGCGCCGCCGUCGUGAUCGUCCGCCACUUCAGAAACCAGCGGCAGGGAGGAGGCGGGGCCACGGAGCUCAGCCCCGUGGCCGGAAACUCGGAGGCAGAACCUUUGUCUAACGGGAAAAGUGCCAAGGCUUAAAGACUGUGAGCGUCUCAUCAACGUCUACCGGCGUCACAACGCCAGUUUAUGCCAAUAAUUCACAGCUUGACGUGCGUGUGGCGGCAUCUUUGAGCCUAAUAAUCAUAGAAGUGCCUCAUUUGCUGUGUGAAGCUCCUACACUUUAUAAGCCUGCAGAAACAUUUAGGAACAAAUGUCUUUUUUUUAUUUUAUCAUAUCAUUUAUCAUGACUAGAGGAGUUAGUUUCUGUUCUUCAUUAAUCCACACACAAAGUGUUUGGAGGUUCCUUCUCAUCUGUCUUCACAGUUAUGAUUAUUUUUAGCACUCCAAUUGUCCGUAAUGUUACAAUAAUUCUGUGCACUAACACCUUUGGAUAAAAUAAAUUUUACUGUGAUAAAUACAGAUCAUUCAUGAUAAAUACAUGAAUAUAAACGACAGGUUUUUAAACAGUGUUCUUGGUUAUUCAGUUUUAGUUUCCACUUUGCUGCAAUUUUUGUAAAGACGGAGGACAAACGAGACACUUUUAUUAAUCUGUAUUUGAUACAUUGGAAUAAGCUUUAGAUCGUUUUGCAGGAGAUCAUUUCUAUAUUUUCAAACUUUUUGAGAAAAUUCCAAGUUUUCAACUUUAGUACCUCAGUUAUUAGCCGUGGAGCGUCUGCUUUAACUGUGACAGGCCCGGUCCUGUGCAGAACAUAGGAAUGCAGUGUUACUUGAUUCAACAGCUGGAUCCACAGCAGACUUGAUCAAUAAAAGAUUCCGGUCACAAGCGUGAAGCUUGUUCUUGCAGCAGACGUGAGAGCGGUUGGAGUAGGAUUUUACUUGUCUUCUGAACGCACACUGUAUUUUAUGUUUUUAUCUUGAUAAAAGUAAUUCCUGGAAACUGAAUGUGAGCAUGUGUGAAUGCUGUAUAAAAAGAAAUCAAUCGUUGUCUUUUUUGUUCACAAAUAAAUGACAUUUUGUGGAUAAGAAGCUUUUCGUUUCUUUUUCUUUCAUACCGCAAAUU